AUGGAGGGUCAUCAAGGAAUUCUUUUAGCAUUGAUCUUGGCGACUUUUACCAUUACACAUCAAGAUCAACAAGGUUUCAUCAGCUUGGAUUGUGGGUUGCCCACUAAAGAAUCUCCUUAUUUCGAACCAAAAACAAAACUGAAAUUCUCAUCGGAUGCCGAAUUCAUCAAAAGUGGAAAAAGUGGUAAAGCUGCCGACGAUUGGUUAUCAGAUCACAAGCCAAAUAAUGUUUUGAGAUACUUUCCCGAAGGCGAAGGACCAAGGAACUGCUACAAUCUAAUAGUGAAUCAGGGCAUGGGUUAUCUCAUAAGAGCUGGAUUCUCAUAUGGCAAUUACGAUGGGCUUCAUACAUAUCCCAAGUUUGAUCUUUAUAUAGGGCCUAAUUUGUGGACUGCCGUCGAUGUACAGUCAGAAGACCAUUAUGAGAUCAUUCACAAGCCGAAGUCAAACUCUUUGCAGAUUUGUCUCGUCAAGACGGGACAAUCAACACCAAUGAUAUCAACAUUGGAAGUACGGCCACUAGGAAAUGAUGUUUACACGACUCAAAGUGACUCCUUAAAACUCUCAGAUCGGUUCUUCUAUCGGGGUGAUUCUGAUACUCCUGCUGUACGUUAA